UCUUCUUUCUCCUACUUCAUUCUUCUCUUCUUCAAUUCAACUCAAUUCCUUUCUCUCUCUUUUAAAUUUAAAUUCAAGAUUUUUCCAAGAUUUCAAGUUUUUUGAUACCCCUUUGGAAAAUAGUAUCGGGGUUUGAAGGUUUUUCUUGUGAAUUUGAUUGAUUUGGAGGUCAUCAUAUACGUGUCAUUUGGGUUGCUUUAACUGUUAAAAUAUUCCUGGGAUCAGAUGUAAUACAUGUCACUACUCUGGUAUUCUGACAAGAUCGAGCGGAAACAUGGGGAAACUAGAAAAUGAGAAUUCGGUGCAAAUAGAUGGUAGAAAUUCUGGUACGUUUUGCCAGUUUUGUGGCAAAAAGCAAGAUACUACAACAUGUUUGAUUAGUCCGACCACUUCUUUGCAUAGCAGUAACGGCUCUGUCUCAUGUUACAGUGACUUUUCAGGUGAUGCAAGCUCAGAUGGGAGGGUUUAUAUUGAUGAAUGCAGCACAGAUAGCAGUCAAGAGGAGUCCUGUUCUACCAUGCGCACAGGAAGAGAUGCAGAACUUAUGAGAAAUGGUAAUUGUGAGGAAACCAAAAGUAGCAAAAUUGAAGGGGAUGACGAUGACGAAUCUGGAGUCUCUUCUAGUUAUGAACUGGAUCAGUUCUGGGUGCCCCCAGAGCCAGAAUGUUGUGAUGAUGAUGUGGAAUACAGUGUAGCUAAUUAUGAUGAUGAUGAAUGUGGUGAUGGCUGGGGCAAGCCGACUUCUUUGAUCAGCCUCGGAGAAGAAGGUUCUGGGAGCUACAAGUUUAAAGAGGAAAAGCAGAAGGCAUUGGAGGAAGUGAUGAAUGGGAAGCUUAAGGCCCUUGUUAAUGACCUUCUUAAGUCUUUUGGUGUUGCCUCAUCAGGGGGUGACAAUUGGGUUGAUAUAGUCACCUCCUUGUCUUGGGAGGCUGCUUCAUUUGUGAAGCCUGAUUCUGCUGAAGGAAAGGCUAUGGAUCCUAAUAAAUAUGUGAAGAUAAAAUGCAUACGAACUGGUUCUCCCAGCCAAAGUCAAUUUAUCAGAGGCCUGGUCUUCAAAAAGCAUGCUGCCCAUAAACAUAUGCCUACUAAGUUUGAAAAACCUAGGCUGCUGUUGAUUGAGGGUGCACUAGGUCAAUCAAGUGAGUUGUCAUCAUUUGAGUCAAUUCGACAGGAGAAAGACAGUGUGUUGAAGUCUAUCACUGACUUUCUAGAGAGGUACCAGCCAAAUGUGAUAUUGGUAGAGAAAACUGUCUCUCGUGACAUACAAGAGUCUAUUCUCAGGAAAGGAUGGACACUGGUCUUUGAUAUGAAAGAACAUCGCCUGGAGAGAGUUGCUCGUUGCACUGUUUCACCAAUCUUAUCUUCUGAAAUCUUGUCUGGCCAUAAGCUCAGACAGUGUGAUUCCUUGCAUUUUCAAAGGUUUGUAGAGGAACAUGAAACUUCUGAUGAUGGUGGAAAAAGGCCUAGCAAAACGCUGAUGUUCAUUGAGGGUUGUCCUACUCAUCUGGGAUGCACGAUUUUGUUAAUGGGAGCUAACAGUGAUGAGCUGAAGAAGAUCAAAUGUGUGGUACGAUGUGCAGUGAUCAUGGCAUAUAAUUUAAUCCUCGAGACUUGUUUCCUUCUAGAUCAAAAAGUAAUGUUCUCGACUAUUCCUCUUAGCCAGGGGGUGAAUACAACAGCUACUGAUGACCCCCCAGCUGUUAGUUCUGAACAAGAAAUUCUUUCAACUGUUGCUGAGACAAAUUUGUCCUGUUCAAUGGACGGCCCAAUUUCCAAUGGCUUCCAUCAGGAAGUAAGGCAUAAACUAGAAUCACAAGGCGGUUCUCUAUUAUUUGAGCCAUAUAAUCCAGUUGUUUUUUCUGGGUUGUCAUCUCUCUCAGCCUCUCUGAAAAAGGUUAUGGGGGAUAACUUUCCUGUCUGCCCCACCUCUGAACAAUCCAUGCCCUCAUGUGUCAGUGAUAAUGGAUCCAACGAAGAUAAUCAGGAACAAACUGAUACUCAAGUUCCUGACGCAACUGAGGUGGUAAAUCAAAGUGAUACAGAUCAGAAAGCCACUAUCUGUGAUGACGAGAUGGCAUCCGAAAAAGAACUGUUGCAUGCUCCAAUAAUGAGCCAGGGAGAAUCUUUGGAAUCACAGUUAUCUGGUAAUAUGGGGAAUGGUGUUACAUCUAUGGAUACUGAGAGUAUAUUGGUUCUGAUAUCAAGCCGGAAUGCUUCAAGAGGGACUAUGUGUGCCCAUAGUCAUUUUUCUCGCAUAAAGUUUUAUCAAAAUUUUGAUAUUCCGCUUGGAAACUUCUUGCAGCAAAAUUUGCUAAGUCAGAAACUCCCAUGCAAGAGCUGUGAUGGACCCCCUGAAGCUCACAUUUUCUAUUAUGCACACUACAAUAAGCUACUUGCAAUUCAAGUUCGUUCUCUUCCAAAAGACAAGGGGCUUCCAGGUGAAAGUGGAGGGAAGAUUUGGAUGUGGAGUCGUUGUGGUAGAUGCAAGUUCCAGAUUGGUAGCUCAAAAUCUACGAAAAGAGUUUUAGUAUCCACUGGUUCUCGUGGUUUUUCAUUUGGAAAAUUUUUGGAGCUCAGCUUCUCAAAUUCCUCUGUGUUUAAUAAACUGUCUGGCUGUGGUCAUUCCUUGCACAGGGAUUUCCUCUACUUUUUUGGAUUAGGGCAUAUGGUUGCUGUGUUUAAGUACUCAACUGUUACUACUUACUCUGUGGCACUUCCUCCUGAGAAGCUGGAAUUUAGCAGUUCUGUCGAUGGAGAAUUUCUUAAGAAGGAUUUUGAAGAUGUGUACAUGAAAGGGAUUAAGAUGUUUCGUGAUGUAGAAAAAGCUUUGAAGGCAAUAGAGUCUCGAUUUGUUGGAACUACUAUAAAUCUUCAAGGAUCAAUUAGGACAUUUUCUGAAAUUGAGAGAAUGUUGAAGGAAGAGAGAACUCAAUUUGAGAUUGAUAUUCAAAAUGUCGUUAUGGAUGGAAAUCGGGAUGUUGUCAUGUAUAAACUUCUAAUGUUGAAUAGAAUUCGGCUGGAGCUUUUGCUGGAGUCCUGUGUGUGGGAUCGCCGUCUUCAUUCAUUACUAUCAUCUGAUUGUACCGCUGCCAACCCCAAAACUACUGACCAGAAGCAUCAUACACUGCCAGGUAUCAAUACUAUUAACCACAGGGAACAACAAGAGAAAAGCAGUGUUAAAGGAGACACUAAAGUUUAUCCGGAAAGAGAUGACAGAGAAUUGGAAGAUUGUCCGGAUCUGAAAAUCAAGCUAGUUGAAGACUCUUGUGGAGAUGAUAACAGCAGGACAGAAACUACUGUAGGAAGUCGUGAUAAUGUUUCGGAUACCGACUAUGAUCUCAAACCAAAUGUUGAAUCAUCUGCAAAAGGAAAUUGUUUUCCCAUUAAAGAAAUUCCUGUUGAUACACAUGAUUGUGGACAAGAUGAACCAUCAACUUUAUCUGCUUUCAAUGAUGGUGCUGAGUUGACAACUGCAGCCAAAGUAAAUGGAAACGAUUUUUCCCUUCAGGAUAUGACAGUCAAAUCUGACCUCUCUGAUCACUGCCUUUUUGGUAAUGAAAGUAACUUACAGCUCAAUCUUCCUUCAUCCAUUCAAUUGGAGACGGAUAAACUAAUUGCCGUUGAUGCUGGAGGUACUCAUGAUCCUAUUCAUUCUCAAAGGAGUAGAUCCCUAUCCUCAAUAUUUUCCGACAUAGAGAAUGAUGAAGGAUGGUGGACUCCAUUCCCUGAAAUUUGGUGUCAAUACAUGGAGGAUCUCCAGAGAGGUCACCUACCGAAAUUAGGAUCUAUCACAAACCAUGAUGUAGAAUCUACUACUUAUAAACUUAUUACCAAUGAGGGCGCGAAGCUUCACAUUCCCCUUGGAAGUGAUAAAUACAUUAUUUCUGAUUAUGAAGAUGAAUUUUCCAGCAUUAUUGCCUGUGCUUUGGUCUUGCUGAAGGAUUUGCCUAUUGGAUGUGAAGAUCUUGGAGAUGAUGGCAGAAAAGAUAGAGGAAUUGAUGCUAAGGCGUAUGAGAGUUCACAAGGCUUAAUGCGGAUAUUCUCUCUAGCUUCUCCACAUUUGUCUUCAACUGGUUCAUUGGAUUUAACAGCGUAUCACUCUUCGAACAUGUCGGAGGUAGCACGCACAUCAAGUUUAGAUGGGGUAGAUUUGCUAGAUUCAUCAGUUUCUUUCACGGCUGUUCAGGCGGAAGUCUCCAUGGGUUUGGGUAAAUUGUCUGGGAAGUAUAAAUACUCAGUCCUCUGUCUCUAUGCCAGCCAAUUUCGUCAUUUGCGAGAUCGAUGGUGCACUUCAGAAGUUGAUUUCAUUGCUUCCUUGAGUAGAUGUAGGAGCUGGGAUGCGAAAGGUGGCAAAAGUAAUUCUUUGUUUGCCAAAACAGUUGAUGAUCGGUUUAUCGUCAAGGAAAUUAAGAGAGCAGAAUUUGACUCGUUCUUGAAGUUUGCUCCUAGUUAUUUUGAAUACAUGGAUCAGUGCCAUGCGAAGAGGAAUCAAACCUGCCUUGCAAAAAUUCUUGGCAUUUAUCAGGUCAAUGUAAGGCCAAGAGGUGGAAAAGAGACGAGGCACGAUCUCAUGGUGAUGGAGAACCUUUCAUUUGGUAGAAAUACUACUCGGCAGUAUGAUCUGAAAGGCGCUUUGCAUGCUCGAUUUAGUGCAGCUGGCAAUGGUGCAGGAGACGUUCUUUUGGACCAAAACUUUGUCAAUGACAUGAAUGUUUCUCCUUUAUAUGUCGGGACAAGAUCAAAGAGGGCUUUGCAACGGGCUGUAUGGAAUGAUUGUACUUUCCUCAAGUCAAUCAAUGUGAUGGACUAUUCUCUACUUGUGGGAGUAGAUAGCCAACGCCGUGAACUUGUUUGUGGCAUCAUCGACUAUCUCAGACAAUAUACAUGGGACAAGCAGCUCGAGAAUUGGGUCAAAUCUUCACUUGUGGUUCCGAAGAAUCAGCUUCCUACUAUUGUAUCUCCGAAAGAGUAUUAUAAGAGAUUUAGGAAGUUCAUUGACACACAUUUCUUAAGUGUUCCAGAUAAUUGGUGCUCCCAAAAAUCUUCAAAUCCUUGUAAACUUCUUCGCACAGUAAGCAGUAUCACUUCCCCACAGUCGGAGUCCGAUGAUGGUGAUUCUGAUCAACCAAAGUGCACCGGUGAAGGGGAACAUAAAGAUGCAUCCUCUGAUGGUAAUGGUUCGCAUCCCCUGAGUUCUGUUCCCUUUUAAGUAGUUCCCAUCCCCGGUGGUCAUUAAUUUCUGUACAUAGUUGUUUGUUGCCCGAGCAUUAUAGAUAUAUAUACCCCCUCUUAUUUCUGCGAUUAUUUUUAGCAAAGUUAUGGGGAUGGAUUUAUUCUUUAGGUUCAUUUCUAGCUUGCAGUAUAUAUCAAAGUUCUUGUGAGGUCUAUGACUCAUUGUAAAAAGUCCUUUAGUAAGCUUGAGUAUUAUUUAGGCUGUCAAAGGGAAAAAAGAUAGCAGUUGAAGCUGCUUAUGGUUUAUAUUUUUGGCUGUAAGACAAUAUUCCUAUAAUCCAUUGUUGAGUUUUUGGUUA